CCAAACUACCAGGAUAGUUACAAUUAUGGAAGAUCUACAUCUGCAAGCAGCUAUGACAGUAAACAGUACUACCAGCCAGUUGUUACCCAGCCUCAGCACACUGCCACAGACUCUUACUACCAGUCAAGCUCCAAAGGUGGCUACAGUCAAUCUAGUGGUAUUUAUAGUCAGAGCCAGCCUCAGAGACAGGUGACUACAAUUAAGCCAGUUCAAACAGUGAGUGCCACAUCUUCAAGCUACAAUGCCUACUCAGCAGUAACAGCUGUUCAGCAGAAUGCAUCUGCCUCCUCCAUUUCCGCGUACACCCCCUCCUCUUCAUACAACUGUGCUUCAACAUCAUACUCUGGAUCACAUUAUUCCAGUUACGAUGCCACAGCAUACACAACAGCUAGCACUUACUAUCAACCACCUCAGCAGCCCCAGCCCCAGCAGCAGCAACCACCACCACCCCCGCUGCAACCGAAAUCCACAAGCUCUUCUUCAUGGAGUAGCACAGGGAACAGCAUCGCCACGAACUCUAGCAACAGCUUCAGCAAAAAAACACCUUUUCAAAACAAACUGCUGAAACCCAAAGGGCCCCCUAAACAGCCUCAGCUUCACUACUGUGACAUCUGCAAGAUCAGCUGUGCUGGUCCACAGACUUACCGGGAGCACUUAGAAGGACAGAAGCAUAAAAAAAAGGAGGCAGCUCAGAAGACAGGUAACCUGACAAUCUGUGGCCUUCGUGGGGCACAGAUUCAGCUUCGAUGCGAGCUCUGUGAUGUCUCCUGCACAGGCGCAGAUGCAUAUGCAGCACACAUCCGGGGAGCAAAGCAUCAGAAGGUUGUUAAAUUGCAUACUAAAUUGGGGAAGCCCAUCCCUUCAGUAGAGCCUGUUGUAGUGAACUCUGGUUCAGGUCCUACCAUCAUUGCAGCAGUUAAGCCAGCUUCCCAUGCCCUGUCUGUUACACCAACAAAACAAACAGCUGUAGAAGCUAACAGUACAAGCAAUGUAAGCAAGCCAGUACCAGUGAAGAAAGCAGUUACAUCCAAAAUAACAUUUACAGGGACUAAUAAGCUUCAGGAAACAAGUAUCAAAUUGGAGGAAGUGAAGGUGCAAACAAAAUCAGAGCUACGAUAUGAACAGCCAACCCAUGAUGUCUCUGGAAAUGGCCUAGGGAUUUUACUUGACGUACAACCUGUAGGACAUGACUAUGUGGAAGAGGUAUGCAAUGAUGAAGGAAAAAUGAUCCGGUUUCACUGUAAGCUCUGCGAGUGCAGUUUCAAUGAUCCUAAUGCAAAGGACAUGCAUCUGAAGGGGCGUAGGCAUCGGCUGCAGUACAAGAAGAAAGUAAACCCAGACCUACCAGUUGAGAUCAAGCCCAGUAACCGAGCUCGGAAAAUGCACGAGGAGAAGAUGAAAAAGCAGAAACAGAAGGAUAUGAUAAAGAGACACAGAGAUGAAAACCAGCGUUGGCACAUGGAAAUGAGGCGAGAUCAUUUUCACAAAAAUGUGGAUUUUAUGGGGUGUUGCACAAUUCAUACCUUUUUGUUAAUUCACACCAUCCUUAAGAAAGUAAACCCAGACCUACCAGUUGAGAUCAAGCCCAGUAACCGAGCUCGGAAAAUGCACGAGGAGAAGAUGAAAAAGCAGAAACAGAAGGAUAUGAUAAAGAGACACAGAGAUGAAAACCAGCGUUGGCACAUGGAAAUGAGGCGCUACAAAGAGGAAAUGUACUGGCGGCGAGUAGAGGAAGAGCAGUUAUACUGGGAGGACCAGUGGCGUUGGAUGGCUGCAGACUGGCAUCCACCCCCACUUAUGGGCAGACCUGGCAUGCCAGUUCCUCCUCUCUUGCCUUCUAGACGACCAGACUCUUCUGAUGACCGUUACAUCAUGACAAAGCACUCUAUCAUCUACCCAACAGAAGAAGAGCUGCAGGCCGUCCAGAAGAUCGUCUCCCAUUCUGAACGUGCCCUUAAGCUCGUCUCUGAUUCAUUGACAGAGCAAGAAUCUGAAAGAGGGGAAGAUGAAGAGAGAGGGAAGGCAGAAGCUGCUCCCCGAAUUCUGAAAGGUGUAAUGCGAGUUGGCAUUCUGGCAAAAGGGCUUCUGCUCCAAGGAGAUAGGAAUGUUCAUCUUAUCCUACUCUCUGCCCAGAAACCUACACACAAGCUUUUAAAAAAUAUCACAGAGCAGCUGCCCAAGCAACUUUCGAUGUUAACUGAAGAGGAGUAUGAAGUUUCGUCUAAUUCUGGGGAAGCGAGUAUACUCAUCUGUUCGUGCAAGGAACCAAAAAUGCAGGUCACAAUUUUAGUAACAUCUCCUCUUAUGAGAGAGGAUGCUUCUGCUGACAAGGAAGCAGCAGCAGAAUCUCAGCAUGAACCCUGUGAUAUUUUGAGUCAAGAGAAAUGCUUAGAAUCAUUGGCCGCCCUUCGUCAUGCUAAAUGGUUUCAGUGUUGCUGUCUGCAGUCCUGUGUAAUUAUCAUCAGGGUUUUGCGAGAUCUUUGCCAACGUGUACCAACAUGGGGUGCACUUCCAGACUGGGCAAUGGAACUUCUAGUAGAAAAGGCUUUAAAUAGUGCAACGAUUCCUUUAAGUCCUGGAGAUGCCAUGCGCCGUGUUCUUGAAUGUGUAGCUACAGGAACACUCUUGAUGGAUGGACCUGGGCUACAGGAUCCCUGCGAAAAAGAUGAAAUGGAUGCUCUAGAGACUAUGACCAGUCAGGAAAGAGAGGAUAUUACAGCCAGUGCCCAGCAUGCUUUAAGGAUGCUAGCUUUCAGGCAGAUACACAAAGUACUUGGAAUGGACCCUUUGCCACCUCCUAAAAAUAGACUUAAUGUACGCAACAGAAAAAGAAGACGAGACACCAGUGAGCCAGUCGAGGGCAACAGGAAGAAGGACAAAAAGGAGGAAUGUGAUGCCUAACCACUGUUGUCGCCUUUACUAAGAUAAAGUUCAUCUGACUUUAAUUUUUAUAUAUAAAUAUGAGUUUCUGUUUAGUCUUCGACAUUUGGCAAUUUUAAUGUUUUUCCCCUUGAAAUAACGUGGUGUAGAUUUGUUCUAAAUUGUGCUUAAAUCAUUUCAAAAAUUUAAUCAUUCCAUAAAAGUAAAGUUGAUUAUGGCAAUAGUCCCUCUUCCUCUAUUACAUUCCCUUCCCAUGCCCUCCCCUGAACUCCAGAAGAAACCCUCCCACAGCAAAAUAGGUAGGCUGAGGCAGGCAUUUAAAAAAAACUCUGGUAUUUCUCUUAAGCUUUAAAUAUGUCCCAUGAUAUGUAAAGGAAAACACAAACUUAUUGGGUUCGCAUCUUUACAAACACUUCCUUGUUCAUAUUACAUUCCCAGCAUGAAAUUGGAGUCAUUUUCUAGCUGGAUCUGUAGUGUCUGUUUGAAAUUGACAAGUUUGAGACUUUGGGAGAAGAAGGAUCCUUGCACUUUGUGGGCUUCCCCUUUGGGGCAGUGAAGCGAAUGCUGCAUUGUAAAGAGUUACAUAAGCUACUCGCUCAAAGCCAUUUUUGGCAAAGCAGCCAACUUGUCUGUAAAUGACAGUGGGCAGUAGAAAUGAGAGUGUCCGAAAUGUUUAAUUCCCUUGGGUUACAAUUCUCCAUGAUACAGAACACAAUGUACUUAAAAACACCGCUAUAAAACAUGCUGUCUAAACCUAAAAAGAGAGAGGGGGUGAAAAACUAGAAGGAUUUCUCCUGUUUGAUAUUGUGGUUUGCAGCUUUGCAUAGCUUUUUCUCUUCCAGGAAAGCAUUAAAUAUGUGCCAGUAGAGGUGACACUCUAAACAGUCUGAAGCAGAAGUGCUAAGAACAGGGUCAGAUGCUAACUGUUACUUGACAAUGUAAUCACUAAUCACAGAUAUUCUCUACAUACCAAUUAGUGCCUUCUAAAGAGAGGUGAUCAGGACUGUCAUGGGGGAAAAGCUGCUUUAAAAAAAUCUGCACAGUUUGACAUUUAGUCUAUUUUUAAAGCCAGAAGUUUCUCCUCAGUACCUCUCACAAAAUGUCAGGCUUUGAUAGCUCUGCUUUCUUGGGCUACCAUCCUGUAAAAUCUACUGAUGCUGAGCAAAGGAAGGGUGUUCUAGCUGCACUAAUAGAAAUGGGGUGAGGAGGUUGGUCUCAGCACUUGUGCAGUCAGGCAGCUCGUCUGGGAAAGCUGAUUGCCAGCAUUGGGCAGCCAGUAAUUGAUUGGAUCAACCUGUUUCUAUGUGAAGGGUUUCUCAAAUUGAUUGCCCAAUGGGAUUUUUUUAAAGAACUUUUAUUUUGACAAUGUUGUGUUCUAGGGUCACAUGACACAGUUCAUUUUGUUAUUUUAUUUUAUUUGUGUUUAAAGAAUGGCCUGUAGUGUGGCUUUAAUAUUUGAAUGUCUUUGUAGUGCUAUCUGGAAUAAAAGAAAAAUUAAAAAUAAAAAAAUAAAGGAGUUACGCUUCCAUUUUUCUAUGUAACGUCUAGUGUUUAACCAGUAAAUUCCACUAGCAAAGUGAUCACCUAACUUUUCAGAGUUGCACUCCCCUCCCCCUUUGCUCAAUCCAUCUUCCAUGGCUCCUGACUGGAAUAUUGGUAUAAAAGGAUUCUGCUUGCUCAGGAAGAGGAAAAAGGAAAAAAAGAUUUUACCUUAUAUACUUACGGUAUAUACACUUGGAUUGAGGUCAAGAUAGACAUAGGAGAUUGACUUGUUCAGAGUCUCUGGGUGUAAAAAAUAAGGGUGAUGUCAUGGUAUGGAUAUACUGCAGACCACCUAACCAGAAAGAAGAGAUGGGUGAGAUUUUUUGUUUGUUUGUUUGUUUGUUUAGAACAACUAACAAAUUCAUCCAAGGCACAGGACAUGGUGGUGAUGGACUUCAUAGGACUUCAACUAUCGAGACGCCUGUUGGGAGAAAAAAACCACAGCAGGGCACAGAUUAUCCAAAAAGUUCUUGGAAUGUAUUGGAGAACUUUUUUUUAUUUCAGAAGGUGGAGAAAGCUACUUCUAGAUUUAAUUUUAACAAAUAGGGAGGAACUGGUUGAGAAUCCGAAAGAAGGCAAGUUGGGUGAGAGUGAUCAUGAAAUGAAAGUGUUCAUGAAUCACUAAGGAAUGUUAGGCGGGAGAAGAGCAAAAUAAAGAUAAUGGAUUUGAAGAAGGCAGACUUUAACAAACUCCGGGAGUUGGUAGGUAAAGUCCCUGUGACGGACCCCCUAUGCUUUAAAAAAUUGACUUGUGGAUACAGAUGUGCCUAACUCAAAGAUGUUUUGGACAAAUUCUCUCAUGUAACCUAUAGAUUUUCCUGUCAUAAUCUGCUGUAUCUAUAUAUCUUAUUUUUGUGCAUGUAUCAUUCUUAUGUGUAAAGUUACAUAUAUGGAGUAUGGAAUGCUUUACGAUUUUGGAAUGUUUUACGAUUUUGGAAAACCAUCAGGAGUGUUUCCAAUGCUGGGACGCUUCCAUGUCUGGGGAAUCAUAUGUAAACACCCUCUUUUAUCCUUUAAGUCUUAGCAGUAGUUGGUUUUAGGAAGUCAAGUGACUGGCCAGGUAACUUCCCCAUGUAAAAGGGUAUGCAUAAAAAUAAUGGGAAGGUUAGCAGGGUCUGUGUGUGGCUGGAGUGGCACACCCAAGGGAAUGAAUCCAAGACCCCAGGAAAAGGGAACGUCCCUGGUUUGAAGGCUUAGCUGGAACAGGAACAGUUUGAGUGAGUUUGUAAGAAGGUUUUAGUGUCAGAAUUAGAUAAGCGUUUUCUGUUGGUUUACGUUUGUAAUUUACUUUGCUCUGCCUGUUCUCACUUAUAACCACUUAAAUCCUACUGCUUGUACUUA